AGAAUACAGCUUUACUUAAACCAUGGACUCCUAGGUCUGAAUAACGAUCAUCAAGUAGAACCAGAAUUCAAGUUCUAUGCAACGACUACAUUGACGCAGACAUCAUGGCUCUCUCUGAGACUGCAAUAUGUGCCGCUGGGUUUGGGAUUGUUCUCAGUAUCAUCUGCUUGGUGCCAUAUCUUCAGCAAAAUCGGAACUGGACCAAGAACAAUUUAGUAUUCCUUCCAUGGAUCGAAUCCAGAAAAGAGGAAACUCUCGAUUUCUCAAGAACCGCAGACCAGGUAUCAGUCUCAAAAUAUCCUGCCAGCUGGUGGACAGAUGAAGACUUGUAUCAACUGGAAUGUCGAGCAAUCUUUAGCAAGAAAUGGCUGUUCGUUACCCAUGCCUCUCGCUUUCAAAAGCUAGGUGACUAUCGGACAUUCGAGAUUGCUGGAUUUUCGUUUCUUGUGAUACUCGGAAAGGACAAACAACUCAGAGCUUUCCACAAUGUAUGUCGGCAUCGAGCCUAUGCAGUGACAAAGAAAGAAUGCGGGAGAUCCACAGUUCUUGGGUGUAGAUAUCAUGGCUGGAGUUAUAACACCCAAGGAAAAUUGAUCAAAGCUCCCGAAUUCGAGAACGUACCAGGAUUCGACAAAGAUAUGAAUGGACUGUGGGAGGUCGCAAUAGAGAUUCGCCAAUCGUUGUUGUUCGUGAAUCUUGAAGCAGGUGAGCCUCAGCAACGGCUAGAUCUGGGAAGUACGGAAGUAUUGCUUGCGAAAUGGAAGAUAUCAGACAUGAAAUGCAUCUCGGACUGGAAAUUUGAAGCUGCUUUCAAUUGGAAGCUACUAGGUACUCUCAUGAGUGACCAUACUCAUAAUCAGAUCUCAGCCUUGGCGAGAAUGGUUCCUUACUGGAUGAGAUAUCAGCAAGAAGAUACGCAGAUGCUCCAUACAACACUUGUCAGGAGACUUGCUUCUGGAAGAAUAUUGACCAUCAAGGCACUUCCAAAGUCAGCAAAGACUUCCAUGGUUGAAUGCAGCAUAUUUUCGAAGUAUCCCAAGAAUCCCAGACAACUCGAAGAGCUGAAAACAAGGAUCUAUCAUGACAUUGAACGUCUGGAAUCCAUGCAACGAAGAGUUUCCCUCGGCCAGGAGCCAUUGUCAUCGCUCGCACCGAGUAUGACCGAACAAGACGAGAUCGAUGUCCUCUUAAAAGCGCAUCGAGAGUACGAAAGAAUGACGGGAUCUGAGAUACACCCGGCAGCACGCACGCAGAACUUCACUCUCGACGGAAAGGCAGAUGAUGACUUUUGUCGUGAGCUUGAAAAUCCAGACUCGGUUUGCGGUGCCAAUGCAAAAGGCUUGCUUGAUUGGUGAUGAUAUUGGCAAUGGAUGGACAGGCACGCAAUGAAUACUAAGAUAUUGGAUAAGGUGUGUCACAACGAAUGGAUGUAAAGAACUGCUGGCUUGCGCUGGAUUUCGAUUUCGACGGUUUUGGGUUUCGCUGUGGUUUGGAGAACAGAGUUUGAAUUUUGGAGCAGCUUGGUGGGGGCUGGCUCGCCUCGCCAAAUCUAGAUUUUCCUUUGCGAAACUUUCUUUCUGCAACAUCAAAUCAAAGCUUUUGGAGAUUUUCAUUCCACGGACAUCUUGAACAUUCGCAGUUCUGUUGGCAAUCGAGGUUCCUGCACAGAUGACAUACGCGGACUCUGCGAG